UAGAUAGGCAGGCCACACAAUAAUUUGUAGGAGAGAGAAAAACAUUUACACCUUGGUAUUGUCAAACUUCUAGUCUAGUAUUGUAAGAUCAUAAUCUGAUCUGAUUAAUAUUUCAUAGUUCUGGUUUCUUUUCUUCAGAUAUUUUUGUCACUCUGCGUAUCUUUCACUCUUCACACUCCACACUUGCAAUUGAUCUAGAUCUUUGGUAUCACCUCAUCAAUACUUUAUUCACUUGUUUUUCCAUUCUUUCUCACAUUAACAACACUUCAUUCCAUGGAAAGCUUCGAAUCCAGGUACUUAAAUUGUUGCAAAAGGCACAAGGUGCUGCCUAAUUCUACAAUUCUGAGGUCUCUUUCCAAGGCUGAGCGUCAGAAAUCAUUUCAAAAGGAAACUAGUCUCGUAGUUGUACUGGACCACAUGAAGGAUGUUGACUUCUCACCUCUUAUUGAUUUGAUCAAUGGAAUGUGUUCUUCCGAUGUUGAUGCUGUUGAUAUACUCAAUGAAUCACCUUGUAUUCUUAAUGAAGAUCAGGUUCUUUCACUGAUGUGUGCAGCCAACCAGAAACUCCGCACAGUUAAUCUUCAAGAUUUGCCAUUUACAAAACGCUUCUUGAGGUACCUAUUUCGAAGCGGUUUGUGCUGUCAAGUUUUGAAGUUGAGCUCCUCUAGUCUUCAGAAACUUGACAUGGUUGGAAGCUUUAUGCAAUUACGAGAACUCAAUUUGGACUUCUGCACCUCACUUACUACACUACACAAAGAUUGUUUCUCUCACAUGCCCAACUUAAUGCAUCUUUCUAUGUGUGAGACACGAAUUGCUAAUCUUUGGACAACUACCGUUGCCCUCUCUAAGCUUCCAUCACUCGUAGAACUUCGAUUUCAGAACUGUUUGUGCUGCGAAGAUACUGGCCCGUGUCCUGCACAUUCUACCAAUAAAUCUGGUUUUCAUGUCAGAAACGCUGAUUGUUCGAGUGGACAGAGUAAUACAUGUUCCAAUCAUCUACAAACUUUAAACUUAUUGGAUUUAUCUUCUGAUCCCUCUUCUUGUUUGAAAAAGGAUUAUUGUAAUGUACAAGAUGGGUAUGACUUUGACCUCAGUGAAGGCCUAAAAGUUGUUUCUGCAAGAAAGAAGUACAUUUCACACCAUCCUUCACCUUUAUGCUUCGAGAAGUACUACAGGGAGUUCUUAAUCGCUUCCUUAUCACGAUUAGAGGUUUUAGACAAUAUAUCCAUUGGAAAGAAAGACAAAGAUUUAGCUCAGGUGAUAUAUAGUACAUAUUUCGAGUACUUGCCGUAUAAAAGACGCGAAGAAGAGAGCGUUUGCCGCAUCCUUCAUAACCGUGAAAUUGCAUCCAGUGGAACCCCCUUCAAGUCCAAGCACUCGUCUCUUCGUAGGACGGAUCAGUAUACUUUCUCAAGGUCUCUUUGUGCGGCUAAGCUAGGUGCCUCACCAUGGCCUCUUUUACAUUCGCUUUCUAGUGUUAGCUGCAUUUCAAAUGAAGAGAGUAGGAGGUUCCGUCCCAGGCAAUUCGAAUAUCAUCCUUCUGACUCCAGCCUUAUGGCUUUUGGAACUUUGGAUGGAGAAGUGGUGGUGAUCAACCAUGAGAAUGGCAAGAAGGUUUCUUACAUGCCACUCUUGGGAGCAAGGAAUAGCAUUCUGGGACUCUGCUGGCUUAAAAAGUACCCCUCCAAGGUACUUGCUGGUUCUGAUAAUGGUAUGUUGAGAUUGUAUGACAUCAGUAACACUUCAGCAAAGGGUGCAGAUUCCUGUUUCGGGGGUGCUUUUAGCACCUCUGACAAGCUCGAUCAGUUGACUUCAGUUCAUAUCAACUCAAUGGACGAACUGCUUCUUGUGAGUGGUUACACAAGAAACAUAGCCUUGUAUGAUAUGGUUACAGGAAAACGGUCACAGUUGUUCAGUAAUCUACAUCAAGAGCCCAUUAAUGUUGCCAAAUUUUCCCAUCUCUCCCCUUUUAUGUUUGCGACUUCAUCAUUUGAUCAUGAUGUGAAAAUGUGGGAUAUUAGGCAAAGUAUGGCCCGACCUUGCUAUACUGCUACUAGCUCAAGAGGCAAUGUGAUGGUUUGCUUUUCCCCUGAUGACCAGUAUCUGCUCGUGUCAGCUGUUGAUAAUGAGGUGAAACAACUUUUGGCUGCUGAUGGGAGACUGCACACAGAUUUUGGUAUUGCUUCAAGUGGAAGUUCACAUAACUAUACGCGUUCAUAUUACAUGAAUGGGAGCGACUAUAUUAUCACGGGCAGUUCUGAUGAGCAUGUUGUCCGCAUUUGUUGUGCUCAGACAGGAAGACGACUAAGAGAUGUUUAUUUUGAGGGAAAAGGCUCAGACAAAGCAAUGUUUGUGCAGUCAUUAAGGAGUGACCCUUUCAGACCGUUUAACAUGAGCAUCUUAGCAUCUUACGCGCAAUCAAACUCCAAGUGUGAGAUAAUCAAGGUAAAUUUGCUGUCAUCUAGCGAGGAUGGUGAAGACGAUACUUAUUUACAGGAGUUUUGCCCGUCUUUUAGCCUUGGGGGUUGAUCCUACCGAAUCAUAUGUUAAUAUAUUUGGAUUGUGGAUCAAAGUGUGGUGUGAGAUGCAGUAAAGCAGGACAUGAAGGAUGUAUGACAUUUUGCCAACUUUGCUGCAAGAAGUGCAAUUGUGUUCCAUCUGGAACUUAUGGCAACAAACACGAAUGCCCUUGUUACAGAGACAUGAGGAACUCUAAGGGCAAA